UCGACCGACGGGCUACUCUAGUGUCGUUCUUUCCUCUACCGUCACUCCAUCGAUUUACCAUUGAUCAUGAUGUGAAAACUGAAACACAAACACUCAAAAACAGAGAUCUCAAAACUUUCCCACUUCACUGCAUUCCCUCUUCUCCUGCUCACUUUCUCUCUCCUACCUUCCAACAAUGGCAGGAAAACACCUCCACUCUUCUUCUUCAUCUUCCUCAAGAGAAAGACCAAUCUACACUUCUCCAAUCAUCAUCAUCAUUCUCUCUCUCCUCACUUUCUUCUUCAUCGUCUUCUUCUUCUCCUCUGCUACUCCUUCUCUCUCCUCUAAAUCCUCUUUCUCAAUCCCAAACCCUAACCCUAAUUUCGAGUACUCUUUCGUCGCAUCGCUCGAGAAUUUCCUCACGAACAAGCUCCCCAAGCAUUUGAAUGAUGAUACAGCGAGUUCCACCGACGAUGAGAGUGUGAAGAAGCUGGAUGAUUUGAUUUGGAAGAGAGAGAAUGAGCGAAUUGGUGAUGAAUCGUAUUAUCCUGCUGGUUCGAUGCCGAUUAGGGUUUAUGUGUAUGAAAUGCCUUCGAAAUUUACUUAUGAUUUGUUGUGGUUGUUUCGGAAUACUUAUAAAGAGACCUCCAAUUUGACCUCUAAUGGUAGUCCUGUUCAUCGUCUUAUCGAACAGCAUUCUGUUGACUACUGGCUUUGGGCUGAUCUGAUUGCUCCGGAGUCAAAAAGGCUGUUAAAAAACGUCAUACGCGUUCACAAGCAAGAGGAAGCUGAUUUGUUCUAUAUCCCAUUCUUCACCACUAUCAGCUACUUCUUGAUGGAGAAACAGCAGUGCAAAGCACUUUACAGGGAAGCUUUAAAAUGGGUGACUGAUCAGCCAGCAUGGAAGCGUUCUGGGGGAAGAGACCACAUACUUCCAGUUCAUCAUCCCUGGUCAUUUAAAUCAGUUCGUAGACUUAUGAAAACCGCAAUUUGGCUAUUACCUGACAUGGACUCAACAGGAAACUGGUACAAGCCUGGCCAGGUUUACCUCGAGAAAGACCUGAUUCUGCCAUAUGUUUCUAAUGUGGACUUUUGCGACUCUUAUUGUUUACGUGAAUAUGAAUCCAAGAGAAGUACACUGCUAUUUUUUCGUGGGAGACUUAAAAGAAAUGCUGGAGGAAAGAUCCGAUCAAAACUUGUGAUAGAGCUGUCUGGUGCUGAUGGUGUAGUCAUUGAAGAAGGGACAUCUGGAGAGGCUGGCAAAGCUGCAGCCCAAAAUGGAAUGCGCAAGUCCAUCUUUUGCCUGAGCCCAGCCGGUGACACUCCAUCAUCUGCAAGACUGUUUGAUGCUAUAUUUAGUGGCUGCAUCCCUGUUAUAGUCAGUGACGAGCUGGAGCUUCCAUUUGAAGGGAUAAUCGACUAUGGUAAGAUGGCUGUAUUUGUCUCAUCAAAUGAUGCAUUAAGACCGGGCUGGCUAUUAACACACCUUAAAGGUUUUAGUCCUUCAGAGAUCAAAGAGAAACAAAAAUUCUUGGCCAAGUACUCGAGGCAUUUUGUUUAUUCAAAUCCAGCUCAGCCUUUGGGCCCUGAAGACUUGACAUGGAGAAUGAUUGCUGGUAAGCUGGUUAACAUCAAACUUCAUAUCAGGAGAUCACAACGUGUGGUUCAGGGAUCCAGAAGCACAUGCAUAUGUGAAUGCAGGCAGUCGAAUUCCAGUAUCCCAGGUCCCUUGUUAUGACUGAAAUUUAACUAUAGAUAACCCCUUCCUCAAUUUUUUUUUGUAAUUCCUUAUUGCUGGUGUAGCAUUGCCUUUUUGGACUCACAUGUUCAUAAUAGUUCAGUUAUACGUCUCACUGUGUUCACUUUCUGGAUCAAGGAAUAGAUUGCUCAAAAAUCUCAAAUUGUAAUAUGUCAUUCUUAUGUUUGUUUUGGCAAAGAAUACAUUUCUUCCUUAUGGGUAAUGUAAUUUAAACCUAUCAUCUAAUUUAUCAAUCCUUAAUUUAUCUUCUGCGGUUA